CACAGCGAAGAAGAAGCCCAUGACGUCAUCAAACUGCGUUACGGAAUGUGCUUGAAACACGCGUGUAGUGAAAUGUUUGUCUAAUAGUGGAUUAUGAGUGAAUAACUGACGCAUUUCACGUUUUAUUUGUAUUGGGGGAAAUGGCGUUGUUUCAGAUAAAAAGGUAUCUUGGAGAUGAUGAGGACGGGAUUACUUCAGAUGAGGAUGGGAUUACUUCCAAGGAGGCCCGCUCCCUGAAGUUACUCGCCAAACUGAAUCAGAAGGCGACAAAGAAGCAGAAGUGUUUACCAGACCAGUCACCGCAGCUUUCUGACAAAAAUGAAAGGAGUGUUGAUCGUCCAGAGACAAAAAAGGCAGAUGACAGCAGACAAGAAACCCUCAGAUCUAAAAAACGGAAAUCAGAUGCUGUAAUGAUUAAAUCGGAACAUGAGGAUAACAAGAAAAAACAGCUUUCUGACAGAAAUGAAGGGAGUGUUGAUCGUCCAGAGACAAAAAAGGCAGAUGGCAGCAGACAAGAAACCCUCAGAUCUAAAAAACGGAAAUCAGACCCUGUAAUAAGUAAUUCAGAACAUGAGGAUAACAAGAAAAAACAGCUUUCUGACAAAAAUGAAGGGGGUGUUGAUCGUCCAGAGACAAAAAAGGCAGAUGACAACAGACAAGAAAACCUCAGAUCUAAAAAACGGAAAUCAGACGCUGUAAUAAGUAAUUCAGAAUAUGAGGAUAAAAAGAAAAAAAAGAAGAAGAUAAAAGACGGAAAUGAAAAGCAGACUUUUCCAUCAGGAAGUGCAGUUAAUAGCCCUUCAGAUGGAAAUGAUAAGCAGAAAUGUCCGUCAGGAAGUGCAGUUAAUAGCCCUUCGGAUAGAAAUGAAAAGAAGAAUUAUAAGUCAGGAAGAGCAGUUAAAAGCCCUUCAGAUGCUUCUGUCACUGUAAAAGAGGCAAAAGAUGAAAGGACAGAAUAUCGAAUCCAAAAGGAGGACAAAAAGAAAACCUCAGUUCCAACUGCAAAAAAAAAGCAGAAUUGUCCGUCAAGAAGAGCAGUUAAAAGCCAUUCAGAUGCUCCUGUCACUGUAAAAAAGACAGAAGAUGAAAGGACAGAAUAUCAAUUCCAAAAAGAGGACAAAAAGAAGACUUCUGUUCCAUCUGGAGAUGAAAAGCAGAAUUGUCUGUCAGGAAGAGCAGUUAAAAGCCAUUCAGAUGCUCCUGUCACUGUAAAAAAGACAGAAGAUGAAAGGACAGAAUAUCAAUUCCAAAAAGAGGACAAAAAGAAGACUUCUGUUCCAUCUGGAGAUGAAAAGCAGAAUUGUCUGUCAGGAAGCCCAGUUGAUAGCCCUUCAGAUAGAAAUCAAAAGCAGAAUUGUCCGUCAGGAAGUGCAGUUAAUAGCCCUUCAGAUGGUAAUGAAAAGGAGAAUUGUCCGUCAGUUUCAGGAAGCGCAGUUCAUAGCCAUUCAGAUGCUCCUGCCACCGUAAAAGAGACAAAAGAUGAAAGGACAGAAUAUCAAAUCCAAAAAGAGGACACAAAGAAAACUUCUGUUCCAUCUGGGUUCAUGCUUUUGGGAGGAUAUGAGAACAAACAAGUCAAUAAGGUGGAAAGAGUCUUGCCUCAGUGGCUUGCUAAACCAGACGUUUUUCACAGAGACGUUAAAAGCAAACUGCUGCCAAUCUCUGACAUCAGAGGAUUGUCUGCGCCGCUGCUAAGCAGCCUACAGAAAAAUGGAAUUGAGCAUUUCUUUCCAGUACAAGCAGAGGUUAUCCCAGCCAUUUUGGAGAGUGCACAUCAUGGGGCGCUGAUUGGACGAGCCGGCUUCAAGCCAAGAGAUUUUUGUGUUUCUGCUCCAACAGGCAGUGGCAAAACGCUAGCUUACGUCAUCCCUAUUGUACAAGUACUGAUGGAGAGGGUGGUGUGUGAAAUACGUGUCUUGGCUGUGCUACCUACAAAAGAGUUGGCUGAACAGGUUUGCAAGGUUUUUUCGACAUAUGUUCUGGAAACCCCGCUAAGCGUGGUCAUGCUGGCAGGUCUGAAGUCCUUUGCAGCCGAGCAGAAUUUACUUUCUAAACUGAGAUGUGGCCAGCAAAGGAGUUUGGCUGACAUUGUUGUGGCCACUCCCGGUCGACUUGUCGAGCAUAUCAACCACAACUCAGCCUUCUGCCUGGAUCACCUUAGAUUUCUUAUAAUUGAUGAAGCAGACAGGAUGAUUGACAGCAUGGAUCAUUUUUGGCUCAUUGAGGUAAUGAAGGCAGUGUACAAGAAGACAAGAGGACCAGAGAAAAUAUCCAUCUUUACCAGAACAGAACUCUCAUAUGUCACAGCUGCUUGUUUGUCUCCUCCUCAAACGCCACUUCAGAAGCUGCUGUUCUCUGCAACACUCACCAAAAAUCCAGAGAAACUGCAACAGCUGGGCCUCAACCAGCCCAGGCUUUUCAGCUCUACCAAUUACAGCAACGAUGCUUGGCCAGUUGUUGGCGGCCAUAGACACGAGCCCUUUGAUUUCCCCCCAGGACUGUCGGAGUUUUAUGUGCCUUGUACGCUGAGCAAAAAGCCUCUCAUCAUCCUCCAUUUCAUCCUGAGACUGAAGCUCAGGCCCAUUCUUUGUUUUGCCAAUUCCAGAGAAACUGCUCACAGACUUUACCUGCUCGUCAAGCUCUUUGGUGGCGUUAAAGUGGCAGAGUUUUCCUCCCAACUGCUUCCCCACAAGAGAAAGGCAACACUGAAGGCAUUUGAACAGAAGAAGAUCCACCUGUUGAUCAGCACAGAUAUAGCUGCCAGAGGUAUUGACAUCACAGGGGUCAAAUGUGUUGUCAACUAUGACGCUCCGCAGUUCAUCAGGUCAUACAUUCACAGAAUUGGAAGAACUGCAAGAGCUGGAAAAUCUGGCCUGGCCUUCACCUUCGUGCUUGGAAUACAGGAAAAUAACUUUCUUCACAUGGUGGCUGAAGCGGGAAGCCCAGGCAUCCAAAAGCAGACCAUUAUACCUUCAAACCUGAGGAGUAUGGAAGGCCGAUAUGAACAAGCAUUACAGAAACUUGCUUCUGUAAUUAAGGAGGAGAAAUAUUAUCAAAGAUGAUGCAGAUAUUUUUAUGAGGUGACAAGGACAUCAGCAAUAAAUCGCCAUCACUGCCAUAAAACUGAAUAAAAUAUAUACAUUUUGA